AUGGCCGCCCCGAAGGAGGGCGGCUUUAAGAUGUCGCUGGGCGGCCUGAAAGGCAAAGUCGGUCUGAAAGCUGCUCCCGCCAAGAAGGAUGUCAAACGACCGCGAUUGGCACUCGGCGACGACGAAGAGGACGACUCGGGCAAGCAGCAAGAGAUCUCAGGCUGGGACGCAGCAGAGGGUGGCGCUGUCGAUGUUGGCGGCCCAAAAGAGAAGGAAGCGCCUCGAGUAAUCCCAGCGCUGCCGAAUCGCAAUUGGCGCGAAGAUGCGCGGCGGCGACAGCUUGCGAAAGCACCGCAUACAAAGGCGCAGAACACCGAGGUCACGGAGCAGAUGGAGCAGCCGCAGAUACAAUACGGUCUCACCAUCUUGAAGAAGGAGGACCAGCAGGACAAUGCAGCGGAGGAAGAGCCUGCGCCUGCCGAGCCAAUGGAGGAUGUCCAGGACAAUCUCACAGAGGAACAGCGCCUCGAGAAGAAAGCCCUCGACGCCCUAAUCAACGGAAAACCCACUGACGAAGGCCUCGUCAUCCCCCUCCACAAUGACGAAGACGCCUUCCAAUCCGACCUCCGCUCCGCCCCCGACGCACCCACCCUCGACGCCUACGAAGCAACCCCUAUCGAAGGCUUCGGCGCCGCGCUGCUCCGCGGCAUGGGAUGGAAAGACAGCGACGCAGCCGGCAAAAACGGCGCCCCCGCGAAGAUCAAACAAGUCAAGCCCCGCCCUGCGCUGCUUGGUAUCGGCGCAAAGGAAGACGCUGCUGCGGGCGUCGAGUUGGGCGAUUUCAAGGGCAACAGGGGGAAGGGCAAGAACAAGCAGCAGAGCUACAACCCGGUGGCACUGCGCAAUAAGAAGACGGGCGAGGUUAUCACCGAGGACGAAUUGAAGGCGAAGCUGGAGCAGCAGGAUAUGGUGCAGGAGGAGCCGAAGCGGAAACGAGAGGAUGAGCGGAGGAGCGAUAAGGAGCGUGACCGACGGCGGGGGAAGGACGAUUACGACGACAGGCGGGACAGGCGCAAGGAUAAAUACAGGGACGAGGAAUACGAUAAGAUCGAGACGAUGAUCAUGACAGCGAGCGGAGGAGGGACAGGCGCAGAGAUGAGGAUUACGACAGCGAGCGGAGACGAGACAAGCGACGAGAGCGUAGCCGCAGCCCGAGCGACAAGAAGCGCGACAGGUACCGCAGUAGAUCGCGAGACUCGAAGCGUGAUCGCGACCGGCGGGAUAGGAGUCGCGAUCCAAAACGCAGACGAGAAUAUGACGACGACCGCGAGGAGAGGAGGAGGAGACAUUAGCGUUAGCAUUAACAUCUGCAUUGGCAUUGGCAUGGCCACGGCGUUUAGAUAA